GAAUAGUAGGCUAAUUGACAACUCAAAAUCCAUAUGUAUAGUACUUAUAUAGUUCAAAACCCGCACCAUUGUGACUUGGGCAUUAUUUACUUCGUUAAGCAUGGCAAACAUGUAUCUAUUUCGCAAACUGACUGAGCUCAGUCAACAGCAAGCCGAUGUGUGUGAGGAGGCCGCAUCGAGUGUACUGGACGAUGUGUUCAAGGGCACAGCCAGCACCAUAUUCAGCUAUGGCCAUUGGCCAAUUGGCGAGAAACGUAGCAGCAAAGUGGACGUGGUGGAUCGCAUUCUGUGUGAGCUAUUCGGCCACGUUUACAGCAUGGAGGUGGCGAUGGAGAUCAACAUAGCCAUUAGUCAUAUGCAACAGCUUGUGGCAAGGGAGCACUUAACGGACACAGAGGAGGAGCACUUUGUCGCCUCGCCCAAUGAGGUCUAUGCGUAUAUAGAGAAGGUCAUUGGGCAGCUGCAGCAGCAAUCGGAUGAUGCCACGUCCACCGAUGACUAUCCCUAUGCGCUAUUCACCAUUUGCGUGAGGCAAACCAAUCUGGAUCGAUCGCUGCAUCUCAAUGGCAGCAUCCAACUGGUCCAUUUGACGGCCGUCGAUCAGUCGGAGAUGAUGCUGCAACUGCACACGCCCAUGGCCUCAUUGCUGAGGAUAAUCAGCGCGCUGGCGAGCAAUACCAAAACGCAUAUCAGGUACUACAACAUACGGUUAACGCAAAUCCUGAAGGAUUUACUGGACAGCGAUGAGAGCACUGUGAUUAUCAAUUAUACAGCUGCGCCGGAUCCACAAUUCAAUGCAAUUAUGGCCAUGGACUGUGCCAAGGUCUGGAAGGCGCUCUAUGUGCGGAAGCGCAGCAAAUGGCAUUGCCUGAGCAAUAUGCUGUUCGGGCUGAAGUUCUGGCACGGCAGCGAUUACAAAUUUCAGCUGGAAGAGCUGCUGGAGUUGCUGAAGAGGAACAACGCCAGCAUUCAGCUGGCGUUCGAAUUGCCGAAGCAACGCAACAGCUACACUCGAUGCAAGACCAAGAUCAGCCCAUUGCACCAGCUGCAGCAGGCAACGGCGUUCGUGGGCGAGGAGGAGAUGCAGGCGAGUUGGCUGUCCGAUAAGCUGCGGCACAUCAAGACCGAUGCGGAAGCCAGCCUCGAGGAGAUGCUGGAAGUGCGGCAAAUUGUCACACAGCUGGCCAUCAGCCACGAGCGGAAUAGCGAGCAGCUGAAGCAGAAAGACCAAAUGCUGGACCGUCUGCAUCACAGGCUGGCGAAGAGCAACAGGAAGCUGCGGCAGCAGCGUCUCACAUUUAAGCGCAAGCUGGCCAAGUACUCGAAUAUGUUUGAGAGCUUGUGGACACAUCAGCGCAGGGAGCAGCAACUGCAGGAGCAGCAGCAAAAGGCGCAGCUAUCGAAGGUGCUGGACGACAUCUACCUGGAGCUGCAUGGCACGCAGCUGCUGGAGAGCAGCAAUAGCCAAUCUGUACGUUAAAUAUCUCGACUCUCUGUCGCUCUCC